UGCCUACAGUAAAUAGGAGCGGAAAUUCCUCUCAUUCACUCUGACAGGCGCUUAUCGGACGGUCACGUUAUUCAGCGGCAGAAUUCACUUCAACUUCGUUUCAAAGAGUUUACGGACAAACGCUCUACAAUGCUUCCCGAAUCCUCAGAAGAUUAUGGUUAUGAGGCCUGCAAAGCAGUAGUGGAUUGGCUGCUAAAGCAGGCUGAAGUGCGCCCCCUGGUGGGCAUUGUGUGCGGUUCAGGCCUCGGUGGCCUCGCCGACAUGCUGAAGGACCAGAAGGUUUACAGUUACAAGGAUAUCCCAAAUUUCCCACAAAGCACAGUGCCUGGUCAUGCUGGUCAGCUGGUGUUUGGCACGCUUAAAGGAAAGCCAUGCGUUUGCAUGCGGGGACGUUUCCACCUCUAUGAAGGCUAUCCCAUCCAGCAGGUCACCAUGCCCAUUCGCAUCUUUAAGAUGCUGGGUGUCGAGACGGUCAUUCUGACGAAUGCCGCGGGAGGGCUGAACCAAGACUUCAAAGUUGGAGAUGUGAUGAUAAUAAAAGACCACAUCAACAUGCCUGGUUUUGCUGGAAACAAUCCCCUGUGUGGACACAAUGAUGAGAGGUUUGGGACCCGUUUCCCGUGCAUGUCGGAUGCCUACGACAAGCACAUGAGGCAGCUGGCCCACGAAGUGGCAGCAGAGCUCGGCUACUCUCAAUUCAUUAGGGAGGGUGUGUACUGUGUGCUCGGUGGCCCAUCGUUCGAGACCAUUGCUGAAUGCAGAAUGCUGAACCUUUUGGGUGCCGACGCUGUGGGAAUGAGCACAGUGCACGAGGUGAUAGUGGCCCGCCACUCUGGAAUGCGAGUCUUUGCCCUCUCUCUUAUAACCAACAAGGCCGUGAUGGACUACGAGAGCGAAGAGAAGGCCAAUCACGUCGAGGUCCUUCAGACGGGUGAGCAGCGCUCGCAGCAGCUGGUUAAACUGGUCUCCACCAUCGUGUCUCGCAUCAACCAGCCGAACGACCUCUAAUUCCGAGGUCUACGACAGCUAUAUAGCGAUCCACACUCCCAUAUGUACAUGACCAUGAAUUUCAAAAUGAAUCAAUAAAACAUGAUUAUAUAAUGCCUAUACUGUUUACAUUCCCAAGGGAAAAUGUUUUUUUUUUAGAAGGUUCCAUUCCUGUGCAAUGUCUUAAAACUAACAGUGCACUAAAGUGCGUUUUAUUUUAACAGGGUGUGUGUGUGACCAAGAACUAUCGAAAUACUGUCAUUUGUUACUACUUUGAUCAGAUUAUUUAUUAAAUGUAUUAAAAUAAUUUCUGUUCCAUAUAUAAAUUAAAUUGAGUAGUGAUGAAAGAUGGAAUGUUUUUUAAUUUAUUUCAUUUUCUAAAGGUUUUCCACUGCUUGCUUUUUAAAAUGUAAGAAAACCCAGUACAUUUAAUAUUUUUGUAAAAUAUAUAUGUUGUAAUGUGGGACAUUUUCUGAUGCAUUUAUUAAAUUUACAAGCCAAAGCAAAA